UUUUUUUUUUUGGCUUUGGAGAGCAAAGAGAAGAAAAUCUGCCCGAUGCUUAUUGUAUUUAGCACCAAUACAGGCAGAAAAUGUAGCACAAGGUUUUGGUUGAAAGAGCACCUCUGUGUCCAUUGAAGGGCGUUGAUCCGAAAAGGCAGAAAGGACAAGUAAAAUCGAUUGGAAGCGACCCUCUCUGUCCUUUUCACACCAUUCAGAAACUCCAUUCCUUCUAAGACAAAGACCAGAGCCUUGGGAAUUCACAGGGAAAAGGAGAACUCCAGUCCCACAAGCCUUGAACAGUUCUUUAAAAUUUUCAAUAUUUCACUUUAAACCUGCCCUUGAUGAUGGGCAUGAGGGUUUCAGCCCCCAUCCUGGCCCCAACCCGGAGGAGCCAUGCAAUUUUGCUAUCCCUCACCCCAACCCCAUGCCACUGCCCGCCUUUCGGGUCAGGGCGGGCCUUCCUUUUAGGGUUAGUGCAUCUCUCACCUUUGACCCUCAAGAUUGGAAUGGCUACCAGUGUUCUAAAUUUGGCCAAAGUUGAAAGAAAAUGACCACAAAAUAAUUACUCUAAAGCUCAGUUCUGGUUCAGCGCCUGAGCCACCUUACCCAACAGUCACCUCCAUCCCUAUACUCCCCCACCCUCUUCUACUCUGGCAAUGCCUGCCCCACUAGCCACCUCUGAAGGAAGGAGCUAAAAUGAUCAGGACUACGUCUCUGGGUGGCGAUGAGUUGCCAGGUCUAAUUGGUCUUUCAUUAGGUUAUCCCAGGCGCCCAGGCUGGGGAAGGUGGUCAUCGAUCAGACCUGGCAUGAAAAGAAAAGGAGGCGGGAGAGGAGAGGAGAGGGCCAGAGAAAGGGGAGGAGAGAGGCCCAGACUGAGAUCACCUUCACCUGCCCAGAGCCCGGCCUCCCUGUUGGAGAUCCCUCGACCUUCAACUGGGAUGAAGGGGGCGGGGCAGAAGGGAGGGGGCAUUACUGAAUCACACACGUGGCCUCCUUCUAAGAGACAGAGUUCACCUCCUCUCGGGAGGAGUCCCACCAGCCAUCCACUCAUUGUAACUGAUGAGACAAGCCGCAAGGAAAAACUUCUGUAGCCCAUAUUUAUGGUAUUAAUGAAUAGUUAAAAAAAGAUUUACACUUCUUAUGAUCAAUAUUCUGAGUUAUUUCCCUCAAAGUAUAUAAUUACAGUGUCUUCAGAGUUUCAUCAUUGUUUGAGGUGGCAAAAUCAUUUGUAAUUUUCAUUAGCCAGUAAACAUGUAAUUAACAUUCAGCACUGUGUUUAACUUAAUUCCUGUUUAAGACAAGGACAAGAAGCAGUGAAGAGCGUUCGUUCCAUUUGUCAAGUCUGACAUACAUCUUACCAUCACGGUUUCCUAAAAUAAAAGAUCCAUGUUUCCCCAUUAUUCUCCUCUUAAAACAAAACAAAACAAAACAACAAAAAUUCAUCAGUUAAAACUGUACUAAACUGCAGGAGACAGCUCAGUCUCUUCUCAAUUUUUGCCAGUUAUUGUAUUCUGUUUCUUUUAUCCGUUUGGGGGGAUUGAUAAAGGGAGGAAAUGAGUUAAGUAUUCAUUAUUUGAAGGCAUGAAAUGGGGAACCCCUCCCCCCCCAAGAAAUAGAUUUCCUCUUCAGGAAAGUUCUAGAAUGGAUAGUAGAAAGGGGAGGGAGGCACUAAUCCACAGGGGAGAGGGAGAAAAAUCAUGGGGGGGGGGGGCUUAAGUUAAAAGUAGAAGAUGAGGAUUCCAACUGAUUUCUAGGAAAAAAUGUUGGCCUCCUAUUUCAAGUUCUAUCUUUGAUCCAGGGUGAGAGGACCCUAUCUGCCAGUCUUAGGCUGCAGCUUCCCCUCCUCCUCUCCCACCUCUGUGUUUUUUUUUCUUCCCAACUUGCUUUAGGAUUAGCCUCCAUCCCUCUCGACCCCAAACAGUGGAAUUUGGCUGUGUCUCCGGCUGUCCUGCUUUACAAUAUUGUCUAUAGUUGUUUUCGGUUUUCUGCUAAGGCUGAGCAAGGUUGCUCCAGCCUCCGACUAAACUCAUUAAGUUGGGAGGGUUUUUUUUUUUUUUCAAUUGGAAGGGUGUUUUUAAAGUCUCCUCUUUCCAGCCCCAAACAAGGUGUAACAACGCACUCUUCCUUCUAAGGCAUCAGAUGAGAGACAAGGAUCACUCCAGACAUCUCCUACCUACGGUUUGGGGUUUUUUUUCUUAAAGGCGAGGCUUGCAUUCCUCAGCAGCUAUGUACAAAGCUCCCUGAAGCCGUCUCUCUCUCUAAAGUUAGUGUGCAGGCUUUUCCAACGGCUGAGAGCGCCUGGUACACAGGGAAGCACUUCCUUGAGGUGGAGGAUCUCUCCUUUCACCUUUCUUUUUCCCUGCAGACUAAUGCCUACUUUUUUAUCAGUUUGCACAAUCGCUUAGAUAAACACCGAGGAGGAGAGUCUCUUUAAUUAUCAAAGACACAUCUUUUCAGGGGGCCAACAAAGCGUUUAUUUCACCCGCCAAACUAAAGGAGAGUUAUUCCAGUUUAGAAGGAAGAUGCAAGCGGUUUGGGACCUUGAACAAGGCAAAUAUGGUUUUGCUGUACAGAGGGGCAGGAUGCCGCCCACCCAGCCUACUCACGGGCAGUUUGCACUGACCAACGGGGACCCCCUCAACUGCCACUCGUACCUGUCCGGAUAUAUUUCCCUGCUGCUGCGCGCGGAGCCCUACCCCACGUCGCGCUUCGGCAGUCAGUGCAUGCAGCCUAACAACAUCAUGGGCAUCGAGAACAUUUGCGAACUGGCCGCACGGAUGCUCUUCAGCGCCGUUGAGUGGGCCCGGAACAUCCCCUUCUUCCCUGACCUGCAGAUCACGGACCAGGUGGCCCUCCUUCGCCUCACCUGGAGCGAGCUGUUCGUGUUGAAUGCAGCACAGUGCUCCAUGCCCCUCCAUGUUGCCCCGCUCCUUGCCGCUGCUGGCCUGCACGCUUCACCCAUGUCAGCCGACCGGGUGGUCGCCUUUAUGGACCACAUACGGAUCUUCCAAGAGCAAGUGGAGAAGCUCAAGGCACUGCACGUCGACUCCGCCGAGUACAGCUGCCUCAAGGCCAUAGUCCUGUUCACCUCAGAUGCCUGUGGUCUGUCUGAUGUAGCCCACGUGGAAAGUUUGCAGGAAAAGUCCCAGUGUGCUUUGGAAGAGUACGUUAGGAGCCAGUACCCCAACCAGCCAACACGGUUCGGAAAGCUUUUGCUUCGUCUCCCUUCCCUCCGCACGGUCUCCUCCUCAGUCAUAGAGCAAUUGUUUUUCGUCCGUUUGGUAGGUAAAACCCCCAUCGAAACCCUCAUCCGGGAUAUGUUACUGUCCGGCAGCAGUUUUAACUGGCCAUACAUGGCAAUUCAAUAAAUAAAUAAAUCAAAAUAAGGGGGAGUGAAACAGAGAAAGAAAAGGCAAAAGACUGGUUUUUGUUUGCUUAAUUUCCUUCUGUUAAGAAAGGAUGUUACAAGUUUGCUAAAAGAAGAGAGGGGAAGAACUUAAUGGACUUUGAUUUCAAAAAAAGGACAGAGAGAAAGAAAGAGAAAGAGACUGCCAAAUGAACUUUUACAGAAUGCAUUAAAAAAAAGAAAACAACUCCUGUGUUGGGCAGAACAACUUGCUACUUAUCAUUUUUGUAUAAAAAGAAAAUUAGUCUUUUUUUUCUUUUUGGUAAAUUUUUGAAAAAUAUUGCUAAAAGUGCAUUUAAGAGAUUGGGAGAAAAUUAGCAGAAUGGACAAAGUAAGUCAUUUUUUUUCCAAAUUAUUAAUUGUCCUGUGUCUAUGUACCUCUAGCUGUUUUUUUUUUUUUUUUAACUUUUCUGGUUCCAAACCAGUUUAUUCUGUGGUUCUAUAAUAAGUUUUGAUAUAAUCUUGGCUUCUUAAAAACUGUGUAUCAUUAAAAUAUAUGUUCUGCAAGAAUUAAAACUGAGUCCAUGAAAAUAGCAUAGGAAGACCUAAAACUUUAAAAGGCAACUCAGAGAUUGUGGAAAUGCACUUACAAGUGGUGGCCAAAUUUUUUUUUUUUAGGAGAAGUUGAGCACUCUAAUUAGCAAGCUGGAGGGAUCACAUCAACACUUAGCUUCCCCACCCCCACCCCAUACCAUGACAAACCUAGCUUUUUAAAAAAAAUAUUUUAAGAGAAGGAACUGUGGCAUUUAUUGGCAGCCAAGGAACGUGUCCAAGACACAAGCUGAGGUUUUGAAUAAAAAGUGAACUUUUGUAAUUUGAAUUGGGUCCCCCCCCCUUAGUUCUUGAAUUGUUAUGAAUCCUAUAUCUGUUUGUAUAUUUGCAAGCCCUUUGUAUUAUAAUUGUUGAUAUUUCCCCCUUUUUAAAAAGUACCAUUGAAAUCAGCAUGACAAAAUAACACUGUUGGCACUUAUAGGUGACGUGAUUGAUUCAGUAUCUUAGAGUUUACACUUUGUGUUUUUAAAAAAACUGAAGGUUUUUUUUUUUUAAGUGCAACCUUUCUGUAUACUGUAAAAGUUAUAAUAACUGAACUGUUUGGUCGAGUCUUUGUGUGUUAUAUUCCAAGGAAAAUUGAAAGUAUUCAGAAAUUAAAAUAUUAUUUGAUAUCUGAAA